AUGAAAGUAUAUUAUUGGGCCAAACCCGAAAAAGGCGUUUUUUGCCACUAUAUCGAAUCAAAAGAUUCAUUACCCGAUAUAUCAGAUGCCAGUAUAAAAGAAGGCCAAGCAAUAUUUUUCCAUGAAACAAGUUGCAGCUCGUAUAUGAAAGGAAAAAUCAGUGUUACCGCUAGACAAGCUUGUGCAGUUGAAAGCACUGCCAGGAUGAAUCCAGACAGGGAAAUUUACCUUUUGUAUGCUUCACCUGGAAAUUAUAUAUUUGAAAAUACCGAAAGCGAUAGAUUUUUGAAGGAACUAAUGGAAUAUCCAAAUAUUAACAUUUAUCAUGUGGAUAUGAAUAGGUAUUUAAAAGGAUCUCCUGUGGAAGAUUUAUGGAAAAAGGAAAAAAUGAGGUAUUCACAAUACGCUCAAUCUCACACAAGUGACGUUCUUAGGUUUCUAACACUGUGGAAAUAUGGAGGAAUCUACUUGGAUCUAGACGUCAUAAUAACAAAAAAUCUGGACGAUUUAGGAACCGAUUUUUCCGGAGUAGAAUCGGCCACAUCAGUAGCUGCUGGGAUUUUGGGAUUCAACGCAACAGGAAAAGGACAUGAUUAUGUUACUUCUUGUUUGCAAGAUCUUCAAAAUACUUUCAAAGGACAUGAUUGGGGGUGGAAUGGUCCUGGAACUAUAACAAGAUUGCUCAAAAAACUCUGUGGCGUUACAAAAGUGAACGACAUGGUGGGCAAAACGUGCCAGGGUUUCAAAAUUUAUCCACCAGAUGAAUUCUACGCAAUCCCUUACUGGAACUGGAAAUUAUUUUUCGAGCCUGAAGCUUUGGACUCAGUAAUGGAGCUGACUAACUCGAGCCAUUUAAUUCACGUUUGGAACAAAUUCAGUAUUACUACGAAAAUUCCGCUCAAUGUUAAAGGCGUGCCCUAUUUAGAGCAAGCCAAACAGUAUUGUCCUCAUAUCAUUAGACAAUGUGAUAAAUAUUUUUAG